AUGCCCGCGGUCACGCCAUUCUCUGUGGCUCAUCGUCGCUACAUUCAACUGCUCUACCGGAAAGCGCUCAAGCAUUCGCUGAAUUGGUAUAUCAGGCGGGAUGCCUGGCGACAGCGGUCCAUCGAGAUCAGAGCAGCGUUCGAGAGCAACAGACAUGUGAAGGACCCUCGAGCGAUUGCUGUACUCCUCGCAGACGCGGAGAAGCAAGUGGCCGAGCUAGAACAUCCUGAUCCCAUUCGACCUCCCAUGCUUGCGGAAGGUACAAAGUGGGAACGCAACAUACCCCCCAAGAUGUUCAGCGCGGCAGAGAAGAAGGAGGCGCUAGACGCCUUCUUGCACCACUGA